AUGAAGUAUAUUCUGAACUUAAAAGCCGAUUUCUGUGAUCCUCGCGAGGAGAUGGACAUCCUCCAGAACUACGUGCUCAGCUACAAGGACCCGACGGACGUCUUUGCUCCGUUGGUUGGCUUCUUCAUCGGAACUUUUCUGAAAUUCUGCUUCUUCGAGCGCGAUUCGUUACAUUACCAAGGCCUCCUUUAUUAUUGUGUAUAUGUCCUGACACUUGCCAUUCUUCGGCUCUUUUUUGUUAUUUAUUGUUAA